AUGGAGGUCGUGCUACUUCUUUCACUCUGCAUUACAGCUGUAUCGGCUUCCUUCGGUCUCCCAUCAUGGAGUUACAACCCUGAUUCGCCUUUGGGUCCUGCUGGCUGGGGCAACAUUUCUGGCUUUGAGACGUGCGGCAAUGGAACAGACCAGUCACCAAUCAACAUCCCAAAAGCCAGCGCAGCAUAUAUGACCUACCCAGCACUCAAUGUUACGAGCAGAACAUCUAAUGCAAGUUUUUAUUUCACCAACAAUGGUGCAGCUGUGAGAGCGGACCCUAUAGGCACAACAUCAGUGAACAUUACCGGUGGCCCACUAGAUUCGGAGCAAUACAGUAUCGAUAAUUUCCACAUCCAUUUUGGAAACUCUACGUUCAUGUCAUCCGAGCAUUCAGUAGAUGGUUCAAGAACAGCUGGUGAGCUCCACGUCGUAUUUUUCAAUUCCAGAUACUCGUCUUUAAGAGAAGCUUUGGCCAGUGGAGACAGUGACGCAGAGGCCGUCAUUAGCAUUCUGUUCAAUGUUGCAUCAAACGCUUCCAGUGCACACCCAGGCCUGGAGACGAUUUUACGCCAUUUCUCCACCUUGACAUAUCCGGAGUUCGGUGAUAUACACUCCAUCGACUUCGCCACACUGCUGAGGCCUUCGGACCUCACAUCAUUCUACACAUACGAGGGAUCACAGGCUACGCCAAGGUGUAAUGAGCAGGUUAUAUGGAUGGUCAUGAGCCAAGUACAGUAUGUCCUACCAGCAUCGCUCAAUUCUCUAUCAAGCGACCUAAAUCCUGUGUCUGGGUUACCAGAUGCUGCCAUCUUUGGUGGUAAUGCUCGUCCGCUGCAAUCACUCAAUGAUCGAACGAUCUACCAAAACUUUCCGAUGACCCCUGGUCCCCCCACAGUCGCCACGUCCACAGUCGCUCCACAAAUGACCCCUGGUCCCCCCACAGUCGCCACGUCUUCAGCUUCAGGACCUACGAUUGUCAACAAUGAAACCACGUCUUCAGCUUCAGGACCUACGAUUGUCAACAAUGAAAACACGUCUUCAGCUUCAGGACCUACGAUUGUGUCUCUUGUCGCCCUCUUUCUCUCCAUCCUGGCCAUCUAUGCCAACCUGUUGUGAUCACCUACACACACACACCUUUUAUCCUCCCGAUGUUAGUAGCAAGUACUCUCGUUAGCAGUUACUGUUAGUACUUUCUUUGUUUUUGUUUUUUAUUUUAUUUUAUUUUCUCUAUUUAUUCUCUUUACCAGGCGUGGGCCAUCCCCUGGACUAACAAAAUGGGUGCCUUAUUAUUAUUUUUCUGUUUCUGUUUUAAUGACAGUCCACUGCACGUCUGAAAAAAGUACUUAGUUUAUUUUAAUUUAGUUUAGGCGGGUUACAGAACUAUCGACGUAUCGUUCGCUGCCUUACUUGUAGUUUGAUAACGCUUCGCUCUUCAUUGAGAUAUCCACCAUUCUCUCUCUUUUCUCCUUAUUUUCUUCCCUGUAUAAACAUAAUAACAUAUUCGCUGCCUUGUCCUUGAGCAUUUGUGCUCGUUUGGAUUUGCGAAUUCAAAUAAAGUAUACAAACAAACAAGUAAACAUAUAACUUGAAAA